AAAAACAAAAUUAAAUUAAGUUGUGAGUUAAUUUUGCCAACAAAAAGGGAAUCGAAUUUGAACCAUUCAGAAAAUUUUUUUGAUUUGAAAAAAAAUCCAGACAAAUAUGGAAUGGUCAUCAGAAAUAUGGCAAAUGGCAACGGGAAGUACAUUGUUAAUCAUGAUAUUUUUCCUAUUUUGUUUCGCAACGGCCGUACCAUUAGUACGUUAUAUUGGUUUUCGGUUAAAAUUACAAACAUUCAAAAAUCUACCACUAACAGUGGAUGUAUUGGAUCAAAAAAUCGGUGGUCCAUCCGAAUUUCUUUGGCGUACAAAUAAAAGAAUGGAUGAUCAACAGACUCAACGACAACAACAACAACAAUUUUUCCAACCGACAAAUGAGCCUAGAAUUCAAACAUUUGGAAUGACAAUGUCGCCACAAUCACCACAACAAACAACAUCGCCAACAGCAACACGAAAGGACAAAUCGCCAAAAAAACAAAAAUCAACAUAUGUGACAAGUCAAAUAUCAUCAUCUCCAUCAUCAACAUCAUCAUCAUCGAGAAUAUUAUCAUCAACAUCAUCAUCGCCAAUGUCGACAAUAAAAUCCCCAAAACGUCGACAACAACGAAGAAAAAGGUCACCACGAAGACAUACUCGCUGAAAAAGACCUUUAAAACUUUAUAUUUAUAAUAAUAACAAGGGCGGUUUCAGAAUUUCGAAAUUUCGAAAUAAAACACAUUUGUCUUAAA